AUGGCGGAGAACGGCUCGACUGUACAGAUUUCGGAGGUUCGUCAAACCAAUUCGCGGGAAAACCGAACCGCCGCGCAUUCGCACAUCAAAGGUCUAGGUCUUCGCGAUGGCCUUGCAGACGCGACUUCGCAGGGCUUUGUCGGGCAGACCGCCGCCAGAGAAGCAUGUGGUGUCGUCGUCGAUUUGAUCCGCGCAAAGAAAAUGGCAGGCAAGGCCAUAUUACUUGCAGGAGGUCCCGGAACAGGAAAGACCGCGCUAGCGCUCGCUGUUAGCCAAGAGCUGGGCACCAAAGUGCCGUUUUGUCCAAUGACUGGAAGCGAAGUGUACAGUGCGGAAGUCAAGAAGACCGAAGCUCUCAUGGAAAACUUCCGACGAGCGAUUGGUCUUCGGGUACAGGAACGGAAGGAAGUCUACGAGGGCGAGGUCACUGAGCUGACACCGGAGGAGAGCGAAAACCCACUCGGUGCUUAUGGCCGAACUAUCUCACAUCUUCUCAUCACACUGCGGAGCUCAAGAGGCACCAAAAAACUGCGACUUGAUCCCAGCAUAUAUGAGGCGAUACAGAAAGAGCGCGUGCGUCUUGGCGAUGUCAUUUACAUCGAGGCGAACACAGGAGCAGUCAAGAGAGUUGGCAGGUCUGAUGCUUUCUCAACCGAAUUUGACCUCGAGGCCGAGGAAUAUGUGCCAGUGCCGAAAGGAGAGGUUCACAAAAAGAAGGACAUCGUGCAAGAUGUGACCUUGCACGACCUUGAUGUAGCCAAUGCGAGACCGCAGGGCGGCCAAGAUGUGAUGAGCAUGAUGGGUCAAUUGAUGAAACCACGCAAGACCGAAAUUACUGAAAAGCUACGAGGAGAGAUCAACAAGGUCGUCAACAAGUAUAUCGAUCAGGGCAUCGCUGAACUGGUCCCUGGUGUGCUGUUCAUUGAUGAGGUCCACAUGCUCGACAUCGAAUGUUUCACGUACUUGAAUCGCGCGCUCGAAUCAAGCAUUUCGCCAAUUGUCAUCCUUGCAUCAAAUCGAGGGCAAACGACCAUUCGCGGAACACAAUCAUCGAACGAUGCAGGCCUGGUGUCAGCUCACGGUAUACCGCCUGAUCUUCUAGCACGACUUUUGAUCAUCCCGACUCAUCCGUACACCCCUACUGAGAUCCAGACAAUAAUUCAGACCCGCGCAAAGCUCGAGUUCGCGACACCCACAGCGCCACAGCUGGCAGAUAAUCAACAAGCGCUCAAAAUGUCUGCUACGCUACAUGCAGAUGCGCUUCAAGCACUCACCCAGCUUGGUUCCACGGUUUCCUUGCGCUAUGCAUUACAGCUCUUGUCACCCGCGAGCAUCCUCGCACGAGCGCGAGGCGACACGAACAUCAGCGAAGCCGACAUUCAGGAAGCUACGUCUUUGUUCUGGGACGCCGGAAAGAGCGCUUCAAAGUUAAGGGCACAAGCAUCUGAUUAUAUCUCAUGA